AUGACAAGCAUCCAACAAUUAAAGAGCGAGGAAAAUGAGUUAGAUUUGCGAAUCGCGCGUCUCACAGCUGAACGCAAUGUUCUGAGGGAAAAUUUAGAAAGGGCUAAACAAAAGAAUUUCGUACCACCCCGAUGGAUAUGGCCUUUAGUGACGGUUUAUGCAAAUUGGGCCGCCGGUUCGACAAGAAAACAUAAAACUGUGCAAACAAAGACUGGUCAUAAAAAAGUCAACGGCCCAACGACUACACAUACGGACAUCAGUUCCAUCAAAUUGGUAUGGACCAUUGGACUAUCCGACAAUAGUGGAUUUUCUACUUUAUAUGACCACAAG